ACAUUUUUUAUACGACCAAUCCAAGACUUUGUAACAGAUGCUGAUGGCACUAGCGGUGUGAAGGUAAAGUGCUGGGUUGAGGGCUGCAGACCUUCCCGUUUCUCACCUCAGACCGUCUACGGCAUGCUAUAACAGACUCGAAGGGUACAUAACCCACAGGAAAGUUGGGACCAGUCCCACAAUGAAUGGCUGUGAAUUUGCACGAGUGGUGACAAAAGCUGGGGAAGAAUGCUUCUUGCUUACAAAACUUAAAAAUGAGGGCCAGGAAGGAUUUGAUCUCACGCUUUGUCAUAAUGGAAGAGUGUGGACUGGAACAGUGACUGAUGAAGAUUUAGAUACCUUGUGUAGCCGUCUGAAGAUGGAGUACAGCAAAUAUGUGAAACAGACAGUGGAUGCCCUGACAGCCAUGGAUCACAAAGAGACAUUUCAGUAUCAGCUGAAUAUGCACAAGGACGCUGUGGAGUUUGUUUGGAAAAAGCAUGUUCCAGGAGAUGAAAUCAUUUUCCAGCUGGGGAGUGUAAGUCUCAAAUCUCGUUCUGACUCGGCCGAGCUGAUUCGUCAGAUCUUCAACCACUGCAUUGAGGGCAUGGCAGAACUGAAGAACAGAAUACACAGGCUCGAGACGGACAAUCAGAGACUAUCACAGGAGAGACUAAAUGCACUCAAGAGGUUGGAAAAGUGUGUUGUGGCAAAAGAGGAGAUAGAGAAUGGACUGUACACCAAGUUUGCUCUUGUGCUUAAUAGCAAAAAGGAAAAGAUUCGUCAAUUAAAGCAAGGUGAAGGUGAAAACGUUGGUAUUGGUAAACGUGCUCGGUCACCUAAACUAGAAGAAAACAACAGCCUUUCUAAAAGUGCUGAAGAUUCAGGAACAGAUGAUGAGCGCCCUGCCAAGAAGCCAGCUGUGGGCUCCAGGAGGUCCCCAUGUGUGCCAGACCCAGAGGACUCCCUGGUCCUUGGGGAGGAGGGAGAAGGGGUGACAGCUGUGGCAAGGCCCCACCGUCAGCGGGGACGCCCACAGAAGAAGCAAACACCUUCGAAACCAGUACUGCCAAGAAUUGGAUCUAACGAGUCUAACCCAGGGAGCGCGAGGAAGUCCAGUCUACGCAAGGGCGGCUCCAACUCGAGCAGUCUGAGGUCGUCGGAGAAUGUCGACGAAGAUAAUCUGAUUGACCAGCUAUGAACACAACGUCACACACCAAUGUCAGUGACUUUCUGCAGCAUCUCACUUAUAUGUGUUUGUGUUUAACUUGAGUCAAUAUGUUUUCAUCAUUUAAAUCCCUUCAAUUUUGCAAUUUAUCUGUACAAUUCUUGUUAUGUCUAUAGCUAUAUUGUUCAGCUCUCUUGGUCAAAUUUGUUAAACACAAACAAAAACUUGCGUACUGCAUUAUGUAGAAAAGGCAUACGGCAGUAUAUAGAAAAGGCAUGUUAAAUGAACGCAUUUCCAAAGCAACCCGGAUAUUUCAAAGCAAAAACAUUGAUAGAAUUCUUUUUCUCCUUAUGCGUGUAAUAUAGUCAUGACACAUCGAAGACUGUUAAGUGUAGUGUGUACACACAUGUAGAUUUUAAAGAUGCAAUUCAUAGCAAAUAUUUGUUUCCGUUGAGAUUUGCUUAAAAUUCAGACAUCAAUUUCUUGAGUCAUUUCAGAAAUGCUGUUUGAAUGUUAAUGUUUAUGAAAUUCUAUUUUUUAUGCAAGCUUAUACUAGGCUUUAUAUUUAGUGAUGGUUUUCUUGAAAAUUUUAGUUUUAAAGUUAAAUGUGAAACUUUCGCUUGAUAAGUAUUAUUUCAUGAUACUUUAUUAUUAACAUUAUUGCGUCUGAUUCAAGUUUUUAUCUUUUAUUUGUAGCAAAACACUUUCUAUCAUUUUACCAACUUCAGCCAUUUAAUAAAUAAUUGUUAAAAUGC